AUGGAGGAGCUGGCGUUGACCACGGACGUCGAUGGAUACAGCUGCAUGCCAGGUGUAGAGACAAACCUGGGCGAGCUUUUGACCACAGCUGCUUUGGCAAAGCCCCAAGGCAUCUGCUUGGAGACGCAGGAAGGCUGCUAUACUUUUCUUCAGGUGGCUCAGAUGGCAGAUGCAAUCCGCAAAGUCCUGCGAAAAGCUUUGCAAAGCCUCGAGUUGCCGACAUGUGGAGCUUUUGACCCCAGCUCACCGGACGCACACACGCGGCGAGCCGAUGAGCACGUGGUGACCAUCGUGCUGGAGCGAGGCGUCCAGAGCAUCGCAGCUGUGCAUGCCGUGCUGCUUGAGGGUUGUGCCUACAACGCCUUCGACGUCGGGGAGCCGGUUGAGAAGCUGCAGAGCUGGGUUGAGGUGUCGCAGCCUCCUAUCAUGAUCACGAACGAAUCGACGAUGCGGCGGCUGAACAUCACAAAUGUGGCAGCGACCCUGGGCGGGUUCCCGCGCAUGGUGCUGGACGUGGACCUCGCUCUGAGGAAGGCAAGCAGCACGGCCCUUCCUCUGCGACCAGCCCAUGCCCCAGCGGACCUGGACAGGUUAGCCUACCUGAUCUUCACCAGCGGCUCCACGGGCAAGCCGAAAGCAGUCAUGAUCCGACACAAGAGCGCCCUGAACGUCGUGCGCAUUUGGGGCAGGUACGUGGGCCUGAACGAGCAAGAUCGCUUCGCACAGGUUGCUUCCAUGUCCUGGGAUGUUCACGUCAUCGAGGUCUACGGCACGAUGGCUGCCAGGGCCACCAGCGUGACGUGCCCGGAUCUCGUGAAGAAGAGUGGCCCGGACAUGCAGGUUUGGCUGAAGGAGAAGCAGAUCUCCGGAAUGAGCGUCGUGCCCUCGCACCUGCGCACCAUGGCGGGCGGAGGAGCCAAAGAUGUGUCCAGAACAGCCGCUGGGCUGCCUGAUCUGCGCAUCCUGGAUGUUGGGGGGGAGGCCUUGGGCGCCGACGUCGUGGACACCUGGGCGCCUGGGCGCAGGCUCUUCAACAGCUAUGGGCCUUCGGAGAUUUCCGUGGUUUGCACUGGGGGGUAUGUCCAGAGCGGCGAUGCGAUCACGAUCGGAGCACAGUUGCCCACCUACGACUGCUACAUCCUGGACCCAGAGACCAUGGAGGUGAAGCCCGAAGGCGAGCGAGGCGUCCUCUUCGUGGGAGGCAUUGGCUUGGCUCGCGGAUAUCUGGAAGAGGAGGAGAAGACGAGGCAGAAGUUCAUCGAGCUGCCUGGCAUCGGCCGCGUCUACAACACCGGAGACCUUGCUUCGCGUGCCGAUGACGGGCGCAUCCACUACCACGGACGCGUGGACUGGCAGGUGAAGGUUCGUGGGAUCCGGAUCGAGCUGGAAGCCCUGGAGCAGGCGAUCACGGAGCUGCCGGCAGUGAAGCAUUGCGAGGCCCGCGUCCUGGACGCCGGGCAGAGACUGGUUCUGCUGGCCUCGGGUUCGGCGGAGCUUUCGGAGGCGGAGCUCAAGGCCACGGCUGCAGCUCUGGGCCGCGGCUACGUGCUGAGCCAGGUGAAGGUCGUCGAGAACGACGCCUGGAAGUUCAACACCUCCGGCAAGCUCCUGCGCAACGCCGUGCCGCUGGAUGCGGAAGGCGCUGACGCCGAAGCGACCAAGAAGGAUGCAUGGGAGAGCUUCGUGAAGGACGGCGCCAGCGAGCUGGAGAGGGAGAUUGCCGCCUGCCUGGCACCCCAGCUCAGCAACGUGGAGCAGUGGGACUGCAACUCCCACUUCAUGGAGGACCUGGGCGUGGAUUCCGGAGGCUUCGGGCGUCUCAUUUCCCAGAUGCGUGCAAGGCCUUCAUUGCAGCAGGUGGAUUUGCAGCUGCUUUUCGAGCAUCCUACAGUGCGGUCGCUGGCCGCUGCGCUGGCUCUGUCGGGCGACGACUCCGACUCUGACCACGAAGGUGGCGCUGAGAUCGCUGAGGGAUUGGUGCAUGACUUCAUGGCCCGCUUGGAGGAAAUGCCCCAUGUGAUUUGCGCCGAGUCUGGCUGCCAAAGCAUCAGCUACCAUCAGUUGUCUAAGCUGUCAGCUUCGUACCAGCAGCUGCUUCAUCAGAGGAAGCAUGAGCCAUCCGGAUCCGGGUGCGUGGCCAUCUGCUUGGAGCUUCCGGGCAGGCUUGCGGCUAUGCUGGCUGCCGCCAGGGAGGGCCGCACUUUCUGCAUCUUGGAUUCGAGCAGCAGUGAUCUCUCCUUGCUGGAGCAGCUCCGAGUGGCGAAGCCGCAGAUGCUCUUGGCCAGAAGGGCGGAGAUGGCAGAGGCCCGGUGGACAUGCCUGGAGCAGCACUGCAAGCUUGCCGACGUCGUCUGCGUGGAUGUGGGCUCCCCCUCUCUCCAGUCGAAGAUGCCGAAGCAGCGGGCCUCGGCACAAGUUGCCUGCAUCGCCUUCGAAGAGACGAGCGAUGGGCUCCGAGCGCUGCCUGCAUCCGAAGCCGAGCUGCAGCAGGCCUCCGCUUCGUGGCGGCUGCAUGUGGACCGCACGACCCGCGUGCUCUGCAGCCUGAAAGCGGGCAGCGUCGGAGGUUUGGGUGUAGCCUGGGCUUGCCUGACAGCCGGAGCCACGCUUCUGGCUCCCUCGGAGCAGCUCUUGCAGAAGCUCUGCGUGAGCCGUGCCACGAUCCUGGUCUGCAAGCCGGAAGACUUGGAGACCGCCAGCUCGGAAGCCGGGCACGCUCGGCCAGAGACUUUGUCUGCCGUGUGCCUGCAGGACCUGGGCGCAGAGAUGCCGGCGCUCCGCUGGGCACCCAGCCAUCUCCGCGUGAUGCGCGUCGGAACGGCCUGGACCACCGCGGCGCCCAGCCUGGCUCCCACUCCCGAGCUCCGGCACGGGGCCUCGAUGGAGAGUGCAGCGUCGAGGGCCUGGCGAGCCGCUGGCUCCUCGCUGUCCAUUGCCUCGACUCUGGCUGGCUACGUCUUGGGCCAGACUGCAGAAGAGCCUGCGGACUCCUUCGGACCUAACGCCCGGCCGGUGCUCUGCGCGACAGUGCAAGGCGCUGCGAUUCUUGCCACCUGGACGCAAGGGCACUAUGUGUGUCGCAUAGGAUGCUUGUCGCGAUUAUGUGUGACGGCCUUGUCAGCCAAGGCACAGCCGGUCUUCGUGGCGGCACGCCUAGUCCUGGCUGAGCGUGUGCUGCUGCCACUGAGCUUUGUGCUGCCGCUUUGGGGCACCUUCCUGCUUCUGCUGGGCUUGCUGUUCCUGGAGCAGUUCGUGCGGGUGGGCCUUCUAGCGGCCACCAAGUGGCUUCUCAUCGGCCGCUACAAGGAAGGAGAACACGACAUCUACAGCUUGAUGUACUUGCGGCAUUGGCUCGCGGAGCACAUGGCAAAGGGCACAAUCGUGGGCCAAAAUGCGCAUCAGGGCAGCAGCAUCGCCUUCCUCUUCAUGCGCAACUUGGCGCUCAAAGCCCUUGGAGCCAACGUGUCCCUCUCCUCUGUGAUCACGGCCCGCGUCGUGGCCUUCGACCUGGUGACGGUUGGGGACCUGGCGACUGUGCACGGGCCAAGGCACCUGACAGCUGUGAACUACGGCACCCGGCGCAUGGUUCUGAAGCGCGUCCGGGUUGGGGCUGGCGCCUACGUCGGGCCCAACUGCACGCUGGAGCCAGGUUGUGAGGUGGCUGCUGCUGGUUACGUGGAGCCUUUGUCAACGGUAUCCAGUGGCAUGGUUGUCGACGGCCGCGUCUGCGGCGUGCCCGCCCAGCCGGUGGCUGGCGCUGACGCUUCCCGUGUCCCCACACCGGCUGAGGCCCGUCGCUUCCGCUGCGCCGCGGCGGCCUUCGCGACGGGCUACUGGCUGUUGCUGCUUCCGAAGGCCUUGGUGCCUCUUCUGGGCGUCUUCUUCCUUCAGCUGCUAAGCAGUGACUACCCCUUCAACAAGCCCGAGCAGGUGGAAGAGCACGUGAUGCAAAGCGAGCACAUGGAUGCACUGCCCAGUCAGCUCUUCAAGAUGUUUUGCUGGGUGCCACUGAUGGCCUUUGGAGUCUCUAUGAUCAACACCAUCGGCCAGCUGUUCGGGACCGCGCUUCUGUGCAGGGUACUGCCCAAGGUCAAGCCGCCGUGUACCUACUCGCUGGUGAGCAUCCGCGCCCAGAUUGCGGCGCUCAAGAUGUCGAUGGUGCUGCAGGCAUCGGAGAUGCUUGCUGAUGCGUCCAUCGUGCCGGCCUUCAUCCGCCUCUGCGGCGCAACUUUCGGGCACGGCUGCGCGAUGGGUUUGCAGGUGACGCUACCGGAAACCCUGGUCGUGGGCAACGGCUGCUUCUUCGCCACGGGCAACAUCUUGACCUCCGUGGAUGUAGACCGAGGCCAGUUCAAGGUGCCGUGCAUCACCUACAUGAGUGACCACACCUUCCUGGGCAACCACAACCACCUGCCGCAGGGCCUUCCCGAGGGCAGCUUCUGCGGAGUGGGCACUUGGCUUCCGGAAAGACCCACGGAGCCGAACAUGAGCUACUUCGGCAAUCCGGCGAUGAAGUUCAGGCGCCUCAGCAGCCAGGCUCCGGCUGGGGCCGGCAAGGUGAACCAGGGCCCGGAGCCCGCCAGCUGCCUGGCGCGCUUCUGGCAUCACUUCAGCACCAGCAUCCUGGACGUCUUCCUCUACCGGGGCGUGCAGGGCAUGGUGACGGCAGCUGCUUUCGUGACGAGCCGUGUGCUGGUGCCGGACAUCACUGGAGUUGGGAAAGCCUUUGAGGUGCUGGGCAUCUACAUUGCCUUUGCUCUCGGAUCGUGGUAUGUCUUCUCCGUUCUCCUUGGCAACCUGCUCUUCAACGGCAGCGCCCCGCGCUCCAACGUCUCCUUGCCUUCAUCAUAUGAGGGCUUCGAUACAUCCCAGUCCCAGACGGCCCAGUAUAGGCCUUGGCCCCGAACUGAGUCUGAGGCCUACUACUCCACGACCGUGACCCGGUGGUUCACGGCGCUGACGGCGCAGCAGCGCGUCUUCAAGCUACCCUUCCAGACCGCCGGAAGCCGAUGGCAAGCGCCCAUCUUGCGGCUGCUGGGCGCCAAAGUGGGCAGGCGCUUCUUCUGCAUGAAUGAACUUGUCCUCGUCGAUGCGCCCUUCACGGAGAUCGGGGACGACGUGACCGUGGACUACGAUGGGCAGGUGAGAUGCCACUCCUUCGAGGACUUCCGCCUCAAGUUCACCGGCUACAAGAUUGGAAACGGCGUAACCAUCAUGAGCGGCGCCAGUGUGACUCGGCAGCUACUGGCGAAGCCUCACGUGGAAAGGCGGCUCGGCUGCAAGAUUUUUUACCCCGAUAUACGAGCAGCAAAUGUGAAGGCUGUACUUCUCUGGCUAGGCAGCAACCUGUUUUUGGAUGUUGUAGGUGCGCCAGCUGCAGCAGUGGAUGACUUAGAGCGUGCGCUUCCAGGCUGGGCAGAGAGCGGAGGGAGCCAGGGCCACGAAAAACUGCUGCUGAGCGGUCACCGUUGCAGGUCCCACAUUGCUGAAGACCCGGCCAGCAGCGCGUAA